AUGGCAUCCGGAGCAACAUAUCGUUUCACUGAAGGGGACUACGACCAUGAUGAUCUAUACAAGGAACUAUGGGAUGCCUGUGCUGGACCUCUUGUUACCCUUCCUCCGACAGGGGAACGAGUUUAUUAUUUUCCACAAGGUCACAUGGAACAGCUUGGAGUUCCAAUAGAGCAGCAAAUGCUCCCAUUUGAUCUUCCAUCUAAAAUUCUUUGUAGAGUGGUUCAUGUUCAGCUUAUGGCUGAACCUGAAACUGACCAAGUUUAUGCACAAAUAGUUCUCCGUCCUGAACCACAUCAAACAGAAAUUACCAGCCCUGAUUCUCCACUCCCAGAACCAAAAACACACACAAUCCAUUCAUUUCACAAAACUCUUACUGCUUCAGACAUAAGCACCCGUGGCAGUUUAUCUAUCCAUCUAAAGCAUGCAGAGGACUGUCUUCCGCCAUUGGACAUGUCCCAGCAGCCACCUGGGCAGGAUUUGGUUGCAACUGAUCUGCAUGGAAAUAAGUGGCACUUCCGACACAUUUUUCGAGGUAAACCUAAGCGCCACUUACUCACUGCUGGGUGGAGUCAUUUUGUGAGCUCAAAAAAGUUAGCAGCAGGCGAUGCAUUCAUCUUUCUAAGGGGAGAAAAUGGAGGGCUUCAUGUUGGAGUAAGGAGGCUUAUGAGACAAAAGAUAGAUAUGCCUUUCUUCAAGUCUGGUGAAAACAUGCACCUUGAGUUUCUUGCUAGUGCUAGUCAUGCCAUUACGACCGCAUCUCGUUUUCAUGUCUUCUACACGCCCAGAACAAGUAGGUCUGAUUUCAUUGUCAGUAUCAACAAGUACCUUGAAGCUCAGAAAAAUGUGUUCUCCAUUGGGAAAAGGUUUAAGAUGAGAUUUGAGGGUGAGCAAGUUCUUGAACAGAGCUGUAGCUUCAAUGGCACAAUUGUGGGCAUUGAAGAUGUAUCAUCAAGAUGGCCUGGCUCUAGGUGGAGAUGCUUAAAGGUUCAAUGGGAUGAAGCUUCUUCAAUCUCGCGUCCAGAAAGCGUUUCGCCAUGGGAAGUAGAACUACUUGUUGCAGUAACUCCUCCAAACUCCCUCCCUGGGCAAGGGAAGAAGCGGCCAAAGUUUUCUCUUCGGGGGUCAUCUACAUUGGACUACGGUAUGUGGGUAUUCCCUCUUGAAUCUCCUGCUUUCUCCUAUUAUGAUCUUGAUUCAUCAUCCAGUUCCUCUGCCACUUCAAAGACAAGCUCUCUGGGUUUUAGUGGAUUUAGUUCGGAGGCUACUCUUAUAGAGUCUUCUGCCUCUGCUGCUGAUGAAGAACCUCGAAAAGUGGGGGAUGCUUGCCCAGUUCUAUCUUUAGAUGCCGACUCUGACCAGCAUUCUGAAACAUCGAACAUUAUUAGUCGGUCUGAAAUACGUUCAACAAAUUGUGAGCCUCAGAAACCGUGCCAGGUACCUCAGGAAAUUGACGGCAGACAGAUCAGGAAGAGAAUCAAGGUUAAGAUGCAAGGUAUUGCUGUUAGAAGAUCAGUUGAUUUGACACAGUUAGAAUGCCAUGAGGACCUGCUAAGACAACUGGAAAAGAUGUUUGAAAUUGAAGGUGAACUCAUAGGAUCCACAAAGAAAUGGAAGGUUGUCUAUACUGAUGAUGAAGGUGACAUGAUGUUUUUUGGGGAUGAGCCAUGGCAUGAGUUCUGUAGCAUGGUGAGGGAGAUCUCCAUCUCUACAACUGAAAAGGUCAAGAGGAAGAAAUCCAGAUCAGGCUGAUGCAAUGGUUGAUCACCAUCCUUUUGUAUUAAAAAUUGAAACAUCUCAAAUUAAAAAAGAGGGAAAAAAAAAAUUAAAUGGGUCAAAGUAUUGCAGUAAUUGACAAAGACUUUCCAUCUCAUCCUUACCAAUGACCCAUGAAACUUGACUGGAAUAUGCUUGAUUGUUCUAUUGGCACAUCCUUGAGAUUCUAAUUGAUAAGUAAUUUCAGUAAUUUCUAUGGUCAAUUUUAUAUUUUUAUUU